GAUGAGAUCAUUGUAGCCACAGGAGAGCAUUCUUCCAUUGCCAUUGUCGCUCGAUCCGUGCAGCAUGAAACGAAACAGACCACCACCACAGGGGUCCACGGCGAUGCCUCUGCGGACACGGGGAUCCGGUUCUGGUGCAACCGCAGCUUCUGCUUCCGCUGUUUCCGGCGGGGGCAAUGGCAACGAGGAGGAGGAGGACAAACAACACGGGCGCAAAGACCACAAACGAUCGGCACCGAUCGGCUACCACCGCCGCCGGGGGSGGAUGGUUUCGGUUUCGUGGUUGGUCGCGGUAGCAACGCUGGUCGUUUUCUCGGGAUUCGCCCCUCGGAUCCACCGGCUCCGGACGCUCCYCGGAGUGGCCGAACGCCAUGGUGGUGCCACUGCCACCRUUUCCGGGACAGAGCUUCAGCWKCAGCARCAGCAACAACAAGAUCCACCACAACCACGGCAGAAUCAGCACCAGAAACAGCACCAGAAUCAUCCACCRCARGAGCAUCGGCAGAAAGAACCCCCACCGGGACCCGGGGCAACCUCGGAACGGUACCGGCCCACGAAAACGACCCACUGGCUCCCGGGCAACCCUCCCGGCGCCGGAAGAUCCGAAGGGCAACCCUCGGAGAUCGAGCGGAUGGUCCUGGACCACUGCGGGCCCGACAAGGACUGGUACAGGGGCUGUGCCUACGACAACAACACGGCGUGGGUCAAGAGGGUCCGGGAGGCCAGCGGGGGGACCGGCGGGGGCCGUUUCUUCUCCCGGGCUUGCAACGGCACCGGCCUGCACCCCUACGGGGUCCACUCGGACCCCUUCCGGACCCACAAGCACAACUGCAGCGUGACGUCCUUUCUGCGCAUCGAACGGGAAAGGGACCACUUCUGGGAGGAGUGGACCCUCCGGACCUACGAUUCCUCCGGGACCCCCAAGGCCAUCGGCGGGGACGUCUUUUACGUCGUCUAUUCCGAGGAGGCCGGGCCGGGGGAAGGCAGCCACUCCGGAAGCUUCGUGCCGAGGGCCGUGGGGGUGCCCACCGACCUGUACAACGGCACCUACCGGCUGGACUUUGUGCAAGUCCCCUUCUCGGGGGAUCGCCGAACGCGGGGGAGCGGGAGCACUCCCGCCGGCAGGCUCACGGUCCACCCCCUCACCACCUGCUUCAUCGGGGAGCUCUACCCGCCCCUCAAGGACGGGUGGAAGACCGGGGGGGCGACGAACCUCACCUGGACCCUGGAGGGGAUCGACCGGCCCUCUUCCAUCGGGGACUGGCCCCGGCCUUCCGGCGCCGGCCCUUCCGGUCUGCUCCUCGAAAGCCUGUCCGGCUUUGACCGGGUGGUCUUUUUCGGGGAUUCCAUCCUCCAGCACAUGGUCUGGGACGUCGGGAGGAAGGCCUACCACGGGGUUCUCGCGGAAAAGAUCGAGAGCGGAAGGGUCUGGGUGCCGGGGGAGACCACCGAACCGGUCAACGUCAACCUGCCCCUGUCGCCCAAGACCCUGGAGGAGUAUCUCUCCCUGCUCGAGGCGUCGGUCGGGGAGGGGCUGCGGCUCCCGCUUCCCAACAACGACAAUGACAAGAACCACGACAAGAACCACGACAACGACAACGACAAAGACAACGAAACCAGCGGCGGCGGCGGACAGGGGGUAGCCCUGGUCCUGGGGUCCGCGGCGUGGGACGUGAUCUGGCCCGCCGAGUGGCAGGGGCCGACCUUCCGAAGACACCUGUCGGCGGUCCGGAGCCUGGUGGAGCGCCUCCUGGGGGGAACGAUCGGGGGUGGCGGCAGCAGCAGCGGCAGCAACCACAGCAACCACUACAACAACCUCACCGUGGUGUGGAAGCUCCCCUACGCCAUCCACCUGCAGGCGGCCAACCCCGGGCUCUGCUUUUCCGGCCCGGAGGAAGCCCCCGACCGCGGUUCCUGCUCGGGUGCCCUCCGKUACGCCACGACCGAGCGCUUCCGCAAGGUCUACCGGGCCCAGAAAAAGCUCCUGGAACAAAUGGCGGGGGAAGCCAUCGGGARGGAAAGCCGGCUCCGGGCCCUCGACCUCUACGAGAUUUCCUACCUGUCGGGGGCCUCCUGGAUGAUCCCCAACGACUCGAUCCACUACUCGCCGGAGUGGAACGCCCGCAUCCUCGAGCUCCUGUACCG